AGAGAAAUGCAAUGGCAGCACUUGCAGGAGCUUGGUUAGCUUUUGUUAUCAUUAUUGGUGUUCUAUUCGCAUUUAGCUUCCUGUUCACAAAAUAUUACCAAGACCGUCGUGAUAGCGAACUUUUGGCUACAUGUGUCACGAUUUCCUCCUUAACUCUGUGUUUAAGUGCAAUAGCAUUAUUUCCUGUAGAUAUAUUUUUAGUAUCCUCAACGGUUAAUUUAAAUACUGGAUUAAAGCAUGAUUGGGCUACUGAAGAUCAAGUUCAAGAUAUUUUAAAUCAAAUAAAUGCUGUUUAUUAUGGAAUGUACGGUUUGAUUGCUAUAUUCUGUUCAUUCGUGAUUCCAUUCGCUUAUUUCUAUUUUGAAGAAUAUGAUGAGGGUGCAUCAAGUCAUCAGCGCAUUUUAGGUGCCUUAAAAUACACCUGUUUUUUUGUGGCAUUCAUGCUGGUUUGUUUCACAGUUGGAAUUAUUGCACAGCCCAAAAAUAAAAAAAUACCAGUAGAUAUGGAUUUUUUCAAAAAAUUCUUAACUGGAACUCUUGGCGAAAACAGUAUUUCUUUCAUUAUAGCUAUUCUUAUGAUAAUUGGAAUGAUCAUUUUUAUUGUGUACACUGCUCCCGGACUAUCAUUACUUCCAAUUAGAAUGAUAAAAGGGACAGGUCAAUCUGGUCCAUUGGAUUCUGAAAUCGAAAGUCAUCUCAGAGUGAAUCGUGAAAAACAAAGAGUUAUAAACGCAAAAUAUCCAGAUUCCAAUCAACAAAUGACUAGAAAAGAUAUUGAGCAGCUAGAACGCUUGGUUUCUGAGGAAAGAAUGUUGGAGCGGCGAUUGCAUGCGUAUGAAGCAAGCAAAACAGGAAUAUUGAACAAGAUUCUUAUGAUUUUCAGACCAUUUGAA